AUCUCUCUUAGUUGAAAGCUUGAGCAGAGGAUAGUAAGAGGAAGAAACGAUGAAUGGUGUAGGAUUCUCUCCGGCGGCAUGGAGUUCUUUGAUCCCUUUUUCAUCAUCUUCUUCUUCUUCUUCUUAUUCUUUGUUUCCUCAGAAGAAAUUGGUGAAACCCAAAGCCCUUAACAGAGCCUUCACCUCAGACCCCUACGUUCUGGAACUGGCCGAAACCCUUGAAGAGAGCAUCCCCUCCACACCCUCCACCCCUCUUCCUCUCCACAACCUCCGAAACGCUUCCUCCGAAUCCCUCCUCUCUACUCCAUGGCCUUCCCGCCGGGACGAGCCCUUCCGCUUCACCGACCUCACCUUCAUCCGUCAAUCCCGCAUCCUCCCCCUCUCCCAUCCCUCUCCCGUCAAAAUCAUCACUUCCCACCUCCCUCCCGCCGUCUACGUCGGCCCCCUCUCCGCCCUCUCCUCCUCCUCCCUCCUCCACACGGUCUCCCAAUACCUCCCCCACACCUUCCCCGACGCCGACCUCUUCUGGUCCAUCAACGGAAUCGCCGCUCCCGAUUUAACCCUCGUCUACGUCCCGGAGAACUGCCACCUACAAGACCCCAUCCACUUCCAGUACACUCCGCCGCAGCCCCCCACCACCCACCCUUCCGACACCAUGUACCUUUCCAAUCCCAGGGUCCUCGUCGUGCUCGAGAAAGGCGCACGUGCCCAUAUAACUGAAGACUUCUCCUCCGAGCAGGGGAACGACAACGACCGUUAUUGGAGUAACGCUGCUUUUGAGGCGGUCAUCGGAGAAGGUGCCAAGCUUUCUCAUUCUUACAUCCAGACACAGUCUUUCCAUGCCGCUCACACCAAAUGGACCUCCGUUCGCCAGGAUUCGUCUAGUGCUUAUGAACUCACAGAGGUAAGCGCGGGAGGAAAGCUGGGGAGGCACAAUCUUCGUAUUCAGCAAUUGGGUCCUGAUACUGUCACCGAGUUAUCCUCUCUGCACUUGUCUGUUGGUGAUCAAACGCAGGACCUGCAUAGUACUCUUGUAUUGGACCAUCCACGGGGCUAUUCUCGACAACUUCACAAGUGCAUUGUUGCUCAUUCACAGGGACAGGCAGUUUUUGACGGAAACAUUAAGGUUAACAGGUAUGCUCAGCAGACUGAUGCAGGUCAGUUGACAAGAAGUCUUCUGCUUGAACCUCGUGCGACUGUGAAUGUUAAACCAAAUCUCCAGAUUGUGGCGGAUGAUGUCAAGUGUUCCCAUGGGGCUGCAAUAAGUGAUCUGGAAGAAAGUCAGCUCCUCUAUUUCCAGGCACGUGGCAUCGACCAAAACACUGCUAGAAGAGUUCUAAUUUUUGCCUUUGGAGGAGAGGUGAUAGAUAAGUUUCCUUGUUCUUCCAUUAGAGACAGAGUACGAAGUCAUAUUAAAAAUUUGUUGGAUCCAUCCUCUAAUUGAUCAUCAUACUAGGCGUCUGUUAAAUGUAAAAUGACAAUUUGAAAUAAAAAUGAAAUUCUUUUCAUCAGAA